GAAUCAUUAACCAAUGGCAACAGGAAUCCAAGGAUAAAGUGAUUUCCCUCCUGUUAACUCACCUGCCUUUGCUGAAGCCAGGAAACCUCGACGCAAAAGUAGAGUAUAUGAAACUGCUGCCCAAGAUCCUGGCGCACUCUAUCGAACACAACCAGCACAUCGAGGAGAGCAGGCAGCUGCUGUCCUAUGCGUUGAUACAUCCGGCCACCUCGUUGGAAGACCGCAGUGCUUUAGCCAUGUGGCUGAAUCACUUGGAGGACCGCACGUCAACCAGCUUCGGUGGCCAGAACCGAGGCCGCUCGGACUCUGUGGAUUAUGGGCAGACACACUACUAUCACCAAAGACAGAACUCCGACGACAAGCUCAACGGGUGGCAGAACUCUCGGGAUUCUGGGAUUUGCAUCAACGCCUCCAACUGGCAGGACAAAAGUCUGGGGUGCGAGAACGGCCAUGUGCCCCUCUACUCCUCCUCAUCCGUCCCCACCACAAUCAAUACGAUCGGAACCAGCACAAGUACAAUUCUCUCAGGCCAGGCACACCACAGCCCUUUGAAACGAUCUGUGUCCCUUACCCCACCCAUGAAUGUGCCAAACCAGCCUCUAGGACAUGGAUGGAUGUCUCAUGAGGACUUGCGAGCUAGAGGACCCCAGUGCCUCCCAUCCGAUCAUGCCCCCCUGUCUCCACAAAGCAGUGUAGCCUCUUCAGGAAGUGGUGGGAGUGAACACUUAGAAGAUCAGACCACUGCUCGUAACACAUUCCAAGAAGAAGGUAGUGGUAUGAAAGAUGUUCCAGCCUGGUUAAAAAGCCUCCGCCUUCACAAGUACGCUGCGCUGUUCUCCCAGAUGACCUACGAGGAGAUGAUGGCCCUCACCGAGUGCCAGCUGGAGGCUCAGAAUGUUACCAAAGGUGCAAGGCACAAAAUUGUCAUCAGUAUUCAGAAGCUCAAAGAAAGACAAAACCUCCUGAAGUCUUUGGAAAGGGACAUCAUCGAGGGGGGCAGCCUUCGCAUCCCACUCCAGGAGCUGCACCAGAUGAUCCUGACUCCUAUCAAGGCCUACAGCUCCCCGAGCGCCACCCCCGAGGCUCGCCGCCGGGAGCCCCAGGCCCCACACCCGGCUUCGCUCAGGGGCCCGGGGGCCACAGCCACCACCUCAGCCGGCGCCAGCGGCGGGCUCCAGCCACACCAUCUGAGCAGCUGUGACGGGGAGCUGGCUGUCGCCCCCCUGCCGGAGGGGGAUCUCCCCGGGCAGUUCACGCGUGUCAUGGGGAAAGUGUGCACACAGCUCUUGGUCUCCAGACCCGAUGAGGAGAAUAUAAGUUCCUAUUUACAGCUCAUAGACAAGUGUCUAAUUCAUGAGGCAUUUACAGAGACGCAGAAAAAAAGAUUGUUGUCAUGGAAACAGCAGGUGCAGAAGCUCUUUCGGUCUUUCCCUCGGAAAACCCUUCUAGACAUAUCAGGAUAUCGACAGCAAAGAAAUCGCGGCUUUGGGCAGUCCAACUCCCUCCCGACGGCCGGCUCUGUGGGCGGCGGCAUGGGCAGACGGAACCCACGCCAGUACCAGAUCCCUUCUCGGAACGUCCCUUCUGCCCGCCUGGGCCUCUUGGGCACCAGCGGGUUCGUCAGCUCCACCCAGCGCAACACCACAGCCAACCCCACCAUCAUGAAACAAGGAAGACAGAACCUCUGGUUUGCCAACCCCGGGGGCAGCAACAGCAUGCCAAGCCGCACCCACAGCUCCGUGCAGAGGACCCGCUCGCUGCCCGUGCACACUUCCCCCCAGAACAUGCUGAUGUUCCAGCAGCCAGAAUUCCAGCUUCCCGUGACUGAACCUGACAUCAACAACAGGCUGGAGUCCUUGUGCCUCAGUAUGACCGAGCACGCCCUGGGAGACGGGGUGGACCGGACCUCCACAAUCUAAAGCUGAAGAUGGGGGAGACCGCGCUGGCCGUGAAAUCGACUGCUGCGGGUCCAGUGUUAGCCAUCGUCGGGCUGCACGGAAUCCUCCGGGAUCCUUCGCAGCCCUCCCCUGGUCCCUCUCCCACUUUGAUUUUGUGAGAGCGUAGGUCAUCCUUGUAAACAUAUCAGUAGACCUGGGA